AUGAGUGGCUACGGUGGUGGGCCUCCUCCCAGGGGAACUGCCCAGCAGCAGCAGCAGCAGCACCAGCAAUACGCGCACCAGCAGCAACAACAGCAGCAACAGUACCACCAACAACUGCCGCAACAGCAUGGCCGUGGUCUGGCUUCGGUCGGAUCGGCCAGUGCGCUCUUUGGUGACCAGCAACACCAGGGCGACGACCUGUUCAACGUGCAGCACCAGCAGCAAUACGGCCAGAUCGACACCGUCAUGGAGGAGGAUGAGCCCGACUCGCCCCAGAUGAAUCGCUACGGCCAAGCUCAACCGGCGCAACAGUCACACCAACAGCAAUACCAAGCUUACGACCAGCAACAACGGGCCGGCUACGAGCAGCCACCGUUCGAACCGCCGUACUACCCCGGCUUCAUCUACGACGCCGCGUCCAACUCGUACUUGCCUGAUCCCCAAGCCCAAGCCGCGGCCGAUGAGUCGUGGGGACAGGAAGGACAGUACGACCAAUCAGGCCACUACGACCAACAGGGGCAAUACGAUCAGCAAGGGCAGUACGAUCAGCAAGGCCAGUACGACUACUCGAACGGGCAGCAACCGCAGCAGCAGCAGCACGAGCAGCAGUACGGCGACUACUCCCGCGAACAAUCUCAGCAAGGCCAGGACCCAUCUCAACAAGGUGGCGGAGAAUACGACGAUCAACCUUUCGAGCCGCCCUACUACCCUGGGUUCAUCUACGAUGCCGCUUCGAACUCGUACCUGCCCGACCCGAACGCGCAAGCCGCGGCGAAUGAGACCCAGGCUGAUCAGGGCGGGUGGGACCCGAGUCAGCAAGAGGACUAUUCGCAACAAGGCGAAGGCCACGUCGAGGGAGGAGACGGCAACGAUGCUCCUGCUCUUGCCUCCGCCGAACACCAACAAGGCCUGCCCGACUCUGCCCCCUCUCACGAGGAGACGAUCAACUGGAACGACGAAUCGGGUGCCUCCGCCCCCGAAACGGAUUCAGCACCGUUCGCUAACUCUGGUGACGCCCAACAGCCCGAGGAAUGGGCGCAAUACGAUCAGUACGACGAGAGCAAUGUCUUUGGCCAGGACGGUGGUGCGAACGCCUAUGAACAGCAAGGCUACUCGUACGAACAAACGGAAAAACAAUACGAUCCCUAUUCGCCGAACGAGACCUCGGACCAGCCGCUCUCAGCCACGACAGCGGCCGAGCCAUCUCACGAGGAGCAACCGGCAGCCUCCAGCACUCAAGCACCCUCUCCACCACCUGCUGCGUCGCAGAAGGAACCAGUCGAGCCAUCGCCGCCUGCGCAUGCCGAGCAGGAGCACGACGCCUACAACCAGGGAUCUUACGAAGACGAAGGCGCACAGCCCGACGAUCUUGACACGACGUGGGGCCAGGAACAAGGUAAAUACGAGGCAACGAGUUGGAAUCAGCAGAAUGCGCAGGGUCAGCAGGAACACUCGUUCGACCCCUACGCGCAGCAAGGCCAACAGUCAUGGGAUCAGGGCGAAUACGAUCAGGCGGGCUACGAUGAGAGUCAAGGUCAGGCUCAAGCUUCGUACCUGGAGCAAGAGGACCAGCAACAGUACUCGGACCAACAGUACGAUGCAUACGCUCAGGCGCCUGUCGCGGCUCCAGCACCACCACCUGCCACCGCCGCAGCUCCGGCUCCUCCCCGGCAAGCAACGGCACCGCCGCCGCCUCGAGCUCAACCCAAGCCGACAUCAGAUGUCGCUCGAGCGCCCCCGCCACCACGACAGGCGAAGCCGUCGCAACGGCAGCUGGAGCCCCAGGCGGCGCAGCGACAGGAACAGCAAGCACACGCCGCAGACGCCCCUUACGACCCGUAUGCGCCUGUCCGACAGCAGCCCCGGAAGUUCUCGCCCGUGCAUGCGCCUUCGGCGCCAUCGACGCUCUCGUCGACUUUCUCGCCGCCACCCCGGUCUUCCUCUCGUGGCAGCACGCGGUCGACUUCGUCGUCGGUCGCUGCUGCAGGUGCACCACCGAAGCGGAGCACGCAGCCGCCGUCGGCCUCGUCGACCGCCGCUUUGAGCAAUGCCGCCCCGGCUCCACGGACGUCGGGUCCACCAAAGGCGUCUGCCGCAGUUGCACCACCACCCCAAGCUGCCUUCGAGGCGCCCCCUCGCCCCUCCUCGGCCGCUUCUAACGCCUCGAACCUGUCGUCGGUUGCCCCACCUCCACGAUCCGAUUCGCGAUCUUCGUCGCGUUCGACGCGCUCGAACGUGAGCUCUGCGAGCGUGCAACAACCCAUGCAACCGUCGCAAACCCGCCAAGCGCCGAGCGCCGCCCCUCCUGGCCGGGUGUUGUCUCCACCUCCGCAGGCACCAGCGGCAACAGCACCACCGAGGAGCCAGGCCAUUUCUCCGGCGUCUGCAACGCGCCACGCCGGUGCGCCGCCCCUGAACAAUUCUGCUGCCCCUCCCCGUGGCGCUCCACGCGCUGCCAUCGCUCCGACAACGCAGUUUCAGUCGUUUGUAGCGCCUCUCGACGCUUACGAGCCGCAACCCGUUGCCUCAGCUCCGGCUCCAGCUUAUCAGCCACCGCAGCCGCGCAAAGAACCUCCCAACUCUCAACCUCGCCAGCAGCAAGCGACGCCACCUCAAGCCGCACAAGCUCCGCCGCCUAAACAGACAGCAGCCCCACCUUCUUCCGCCCCACCUGCCCCCAAGAAGACUGCCGUCGCCGGCGGCUACGAGCCUUUCGAUCCAGCCUUGGCUGCCCAGCGCAAAGCAGCCGCGAAACCUGUCGCCUCCCGCUUGCCCCCUCCGGUCCAGCCGCGUCGGGCACCCCACCAGCGAGGCGCAUCAGCUUUCGCUGGCGACUCGCCUUACGCCACUUUGCCGGAGGAUUUGCCGCCUAUGCCUGGAUUGAGUGCCUCGGAGAGCAUCGGCGAGGAGGAAGAAGAGCCGGCACAGAUCGACGCUUAUAGACCCCCGCCCACUCAAGCGUCCUCUAGGAAGGCUCCUCCUUUGGCGUCUCGAGCGCAGCAAACACCUCAGCAGCGCCCGGCGCCUCCGAGUCAGUCACAAGGCCCGCGAGACUCUAGGGGCGAGCCAGUCCCCUCUUGGAUGGAUCUUCGAGAACGUGAGUCUCGAAUCGGGCCGGCCUGUUACUGGCUUUUCUGGACACGGUACUCAUUUGCUCCUUCUUUGCGCACUCCUUAGCACAACCCGAACAGCCAAGCGCUCAGCAGUACGACAACUCGCAGUCGUGGGAAACGUCAUCGGUCUCGAGCCAGAUUUCUUCCGCAAGUCGUGCGACUGCUCCUGGCGGCCCACCGAGAGCGCAACAGGCUCAAGCGCCACAUGCCAGCUCGACGAAGCCGCCGAUCCGGGGUGCUCGCAAGAAUACGCCUCCGUCCGCCCCGCCGCCAACUUCGACGGCGCCUCCAGACGACGGUGUGCGACGAAUGCCCAAGGUUCCCCCCGUUCCUGCAGCUGCCAAACCUGCACCAGCUCAAGGUCGACCCGGGCAACCGCCAAUGUCGACAGUGCCGCCUCAACCGUCGGCGCCUCCUGCUCGUGCACAGCAGACCACUCGCCCUCCAGGCUCUACGGGCGCUGCUCCUCCUCGUGGUCCUCCCUCACAAUUGACGGCCGCUCGCCCCCAGCCUGGACCAGCGGCGCUCAAGCCCGCCACAGCAACGCAAGGGCGCCCGCCUUUGACCAACAAUCGCGAAACUGCAGCGGAGCCCCAUGCAGUGCCCGCCCUCAACUUCGAGGCACCUAGUCCUGAAAUCCGACCCCAGGCUGAUCAAGAUGACAUGUACGCGUCUGAGCCGUUGGAAGAGGACGAUGAUGAAGGAACGGAGCGCGACCAGUCUGUGAUUGAGCAUCCUCCCGGUGCCCAUGACGAUAGCUUCGCCUAUUCGCAACGACAAGAGUACGGCUAUGACUCGCAGCAGGUGCAAUACGGUGUAGGCAACAACUCCUACGAGCCGAGUCAUCCCGAUGACCAAGCCAUGGACGAUGCGCAGGUGUAUGGCACGGGUGGAAUGUCGACUAGUACCUCUGGGUCGAAUUAUGGUGAUUGGAACGGCACUAGCGAAGCCCAGUCGGGUUAUGACUACGUUUCGAACGGCAUUGAUUCACUUUGUGAGUUCGACCCCACUGUCUUACCCGGUCAUCUGCCAGGCCAAGGGCUGAUUUGCGAUCUUUUUGAUUCCUCAGCUCUGGCCGAUCCUUACAACCCCAAGCAAAUGUCGUACGACUAUCCUCAAGCACCGUCGAGGGACUCGAACUACACGCCUCAGACGACGAGGACAACCUCGAACUACGCGUCUCCAGUCAAGCCGGCCCUAGCUCCUCAAGGCAAGAAUCUUAGCUAUGAGCCUAAACAAGCCCAAGGUGCACCAUACAACCCGUACGCUGCGCAGCAGCAACCGCAGCAGGGUUAUGCACCGCAAGCCGAGUUUAAUGGCCCUCCUGCCGAUUUGCAACUCGAUCGCUCGACGGCGCCUGUCAUCUCGUGGGGUCUCGGAGGAAAGCUCGUCACCGCGUUCCCCUCGUCGAGCCAGGCGUCUUACGGUUAUGGAGCUCCGACCUCGUCAGGCGAGGUGCAGGUACGCAAACUCGCCGAAGUCCUUGCUUCGCCCGAGUCAAGCACUCCUUUCCCUGGGCCCAUGUUCCUCGACGGUGGUAAGGCCAACGCCGGUAAGAAGCGCAAGGAGGCUGUCGCGUGGCUCGAAGCACGCACGGCCGAGCUCGAGAAAGAGGUCUCAUACUUGCAGGGCGUUGGACCAGGUGCCUUCGGAGCGGACGUCGAAGGCAACAAGCGCAAGCUGGAGGUUCGUCUCAUCCUAUUCAAGCUCGUCAAGGUACUCGUCGAGAACGAGGGCAAGCUGUUCGGCACGCCCAAGAUCGAGGAGGCCGUGCGCUCGAUCCUUGUUCCCCUCUCGGAAGGCGCAGAUCUUUCGGAUACGGAUCUACCCACGGCCUCACAACUCGCUGCCGCCGCUGCACCCCUCACCCCCGCUACGACCGGUUCGAUCGCGAACUACACCGUCACUGAGUCAAAUCUCGACAAGCUCUCGACCUUCCUCCUACGCGGUGAACGGCGCAAGGCAGUCCAGUACGCUCUCGACCAUCGACUGUGGGCUCAUGCCUUCGUCAUCUCGAGCUGCGUCGACACCGAUUGCUGGAAGGAGGUUGUCCUCGCAUUCCUGCAGUCCGAGCUCACGCCUUCGAUCGAGAACUCCACGGGAGGAGCAACUGGGCGUGAGGCAAUGCGAGUCUCAUACGCGAUGUUCGCCGGCCUCGAGGCCGAAUCGAUUCAGCAGUUCGUCCCGCCCGUGUCUCUGGCGCCGUCGAUGCUUUCCCCCAAACUGCUGCCCUCGACUUUGCCGACUCAAUUCUCGCCGACGACCUCGCUGGCCAGACGAUCCAGCAAUGCGGCCGAGGACGUGUUGAAUCGCAACUUGCCCGAGUCCGUCCUCGCGACCUGGCAAGAGACGUGCGCGAUGAUUGUUGCCAACCGCGCACUAGGUGAUUCGGCUGCGUUGACUGCACUUGGUGAUGCUCUGGCUGCGAACGAAUGGACCGAUGCCGCUCACGUCUGGUAAGUCGAGGCUGUCUAGGCUGUGCCCAUGCGGGGCUGGACGCUGAUUGCUUCCCCAUCAAUGUCAUUCACAGCUACCUGCUCUCGCCAGCUACAUCGCCAAUCGGUGGACCUGGCAGCCCUGGAACCCGCUUCGCGCUGCUCGGUGCCUCGACUUCAGCCUCGAACGGCACCAGUCCAGUGGACAUCGAGAGCAUCCAACUGACGGAGCUUAUCGAAUUUGCCUUCUCUUUGCCGCCCACCGUCAAGGGUCAGGAGCCCUUCGUUGGUUUCCCGCACCUGCAGGCCUACCGCCUCGAGCACGCGGCACGAUUAGCGGACAAUGGGCGAAUCGCACAAGCUCAAAAGUACACCGACGCCAUCAUUGCGACGCUCAAGCUUGCGACCAAGCCUUCACCUUACUACACGCCGCGCCUUGCUGGCGAAGUCAAGGCUGUCGCGGAUCGUCUGCACGCCGUCGCCGGUCAGGACAAGAGUGGAUCGUGGUUGGGCCGCAUGGUUCCCAAGGGACCGACGAAGGAAGGUCUUUGGUCCACGCUCGAAGGCGGCUUUACCAAGUUCGUCGCCGGCGACGGCGAGACAUCGCAAGCAUCGCUUGCCGCGAAAGCCGAAGUAGCAAAGGCGGCAAACGGUGCGCCUCUGGGACCCUUUUCCCACUACAGUUCAAUCGCGCCGGACAGCAACACCGGUACCCUUUCGCGCAUCGCGUCCAGCGCCGAUCUGACUGUCGCGCCUCCUUCGAGACCCCAUUCAUCGGCUGCACUCGUUUCGCCAUCCGUGCCCGUGUCGUCGGUCAACAACCACCAUCAGUCCUCACCAGGCCCGCCUCCGGUCAAGCGUGCGCCCUUCAAAACACAUCAUUCUCGAUCGUCAUCGCUCGGUGUCGCCGGAUACAACUACGAUCCGAAUGCUCCCCCUCCUUGGCAGGUGGCCAUCGCAGCUCGACAGGCUCCACCAGCGCCGGUGCCGGAUGCGACACCGCGCGCUUCGGCACAAGAGUUUACUCGCACACCCCAGAAUGCCUACGGGUACGGGUCUGCCUCGUUCGAUGACCCUCCGCCGAAUGAUGGUGGCCUGAGGGCUCCGGCUUUCGCGCAAGUCGACCAAGGUGCCUUCUCGGAGGACGAAUCUGGUUUCAUCUCGCCCAUGGCCGCGUACACGCCAGCCGUAUCACCGGCUCCCGCUGGCACGCGAGCUUAUAACCCGACGCCGCAGUCGCACCGACGCACAACGACGCAGGACGAGCUCGAUGACUUGGGCAUCAGCAACAACAAGUCGAAGAAGCCCGGAUUUGACUCGAUCGGCGAAGGAGAAGAGGAGGAGAUGGGCGUAGGCCCCGGUCAAGUUCAAAACGAAGACGGAAAUGGUCCUGCGGAGGAGAGCAGUGGAGCUCAGAAGGCGGAACGUCCUUGUGAGUAGCAAGCUCAUUCGCUCUUGGCCUUGGCUUAGCUGACCAAAUCCGCGUUUCCCUCUCCUGCAGCGAUCCGCACGGCCCCUUCGCGGUCGUGGCUCGGUGGUUGGUUCAAACGUGAUUCGCCCUCGCCAGUGCAAAACGGUCCCGGCCCCGUGCGAGCCAAUUUGGGAGAGCAGACUUCCUUCGUUUACGAUGCCGAGCUCAAGCGGUGGGUCAAUCGGAAAGCUGGCGAUUCCGGCGCCUCGACCCCAAUCACGACGGUACCGCCUCCUCGUGCCUCAACGGCCUCACCCUCUCGAUCAUCUCGAGCAAGGUACAACACCGAGACGCCGCCGCCUAUGCCUGCGAUGGCCCCGAGUCGCAAUGACACCAGCUCGGCGCCGCCACCUUCGUUGAAUCGCUCGCAGACGACGAGUGACCUCCGAGGCAGCGCGGCGAGCGGAGCUGGACGCAAAAAGCCGAACCGGUACAUCCCCGUGACGUGA